AUGAGAAGCUUGAAGACAAACCACGUGCAGGAAGCUCCUAAGCACGUUCCGAAGCCUGAAUUGCACGAAAAGAAGCUUAUGGUGACUGUCUGGUGGUGUAGCUCUGGAGUGAUCCAGUACGAUUUCAUGAAACCUGGCCAAAGUAUUACGGCCGACACCUACCGUGCCCAGAUUGACAAACUGCGACACAAUCUUCCAACAAUGGUCAGAAGGAGGGGUCCGAUCAUCCUGCAGGAUAACGCACGGCCCCAUGCUGCAAAGAAGACCGUAGCAAAAUUCAGGGAACUGGGAUACGAAGUCUUGGAGCACCCUCCUUAUUCUCCAGACUUGGCUCCAACUGACUUUCACCUUUUUAAACACUUGUCUUCGUUUCUUAAUGGAAGAAUCUUCAAAACUCCAGACGAUGCCAAGAAUGCCUUCAAGAACUUCAUCAACUCCAGAAACCCGGAAUUCUACAAUCGUGGAAUAAAAAAGCUUGUAAAUCGUUGGCAAGACUGUAUUGAUUCAGACGGUAAUUACUUUGAUUGA